AUGGCAUUUGGCAUACCAGCACCGGCUAUUGGCCAGUGGGCCCCCGCCGUUCCACCAUAUUUGCUUCGAUGUGAUCCACUCGCGCCCGGCAAAGAGUUCUACGAAGAAUCAGUGCCUCUAAGCAUCCCUGCUCCGCGCCUUUGUUCUGGAGCUCGCUUCCUGCCAGUGUCCUUCGCCAUCCCAAAGGAGGAUGUGGUGCCAUGUGUGCCAGAGAAGUUCACUGAUUUUGCUUCGCUGAUCCCGGGCGUGGAGGAGUCCUACAUAUUCCCAAUGACAGCAUAUGGAGAGAUGGAGUACAAGAGGAUGUACCGAGAAGCCCGCUUCGCCGUGAAAAAGCGUCGAGCAGGCUGGGAGACGAUGCGCAUCUACGAGAUCCUUGCGGCUGGCUCAGUUCCCUACAUCCACGCAGCAGACGAAAUUCCGGAUGCCGCGCUAGUGUUUGUCAACAAGACGUUACUGAGGGCAGCCCGGCGCUUGGCGACUGAAGGUGGACCAGUUGAUCCACUCGACCCAAUUUUGGGGAAGCUGGAUGGAAUAAAGUAUGCCACUCUUGCAGCUGAGCUCUUGCGACACACGCAACAACAUCUCACCACAGAGGCACUGGCAAAGCAUGUUUUGUCCUCCUUUGGAAAGAGCAUUUCCAGUGCCCUGUAUGUAUCCGGAUGCUUUCACGGGGACUACUUGUGCUAUGUGUCUUUGCACGGCCUUCGCAAAGUACUUGGCUCCAAGCUAGUGGACUACCCCUUUUUGGAGUACAUGUAUACUCCCAAGAACGUGCCGCCAAUGCAACCCAUCAGCCGCAUUACAACGUGCCCACAGACACAGUGCACAGUCGUGAGCGGUGGCCUUGGCGACAGUGGAAAACCUCGCACCGGAAGACCACGCUUUGACAUCAGCGGUGUGGGUGCCAACGUCCCUGUCUACGGGGGAGGCUUCUCCUAUGCAUAUCGCUUGGAGCAUUUGCCUGUGAACCGCUCCAGAGCCGCGAUCAACUGGCAGGUCUCAAAUCGCAAGUUUGACGUGGUCAUUUUCUCCAAUGCCUACGUGGCACUUGGCCAAGGCACUCGUGAGGUGCAGCUAUUGGUGAAGCAUGUGCUCAAGCAUUAUUCUCCAAAAGAGAUCAUCAUCCUUGAUGGUCGAGAUCCAGAGCGGAAUGAUGAGCUGCCAGAAGGUGCAGCUGAACUGUCCAAGCAGGGCUUCUUUUACUUUCUGAGAGAACCUCCAAAAUGGUGUGCUGAGGCAUGA